GAUGUGGAAAAGUAGGGGAUUUCCCGAUCCCGUGCCGCCAUUCUAGUGCGUGAGCACGCUUCCGGGUUACUCGGCGCUAGCGGAGCGGCCACAGCUGCAGCAUGCACAACACAGCUGUUAGCAUUCAAUCCAAUCACUGAGUAUAAAUCGACAGAUGAGCUGCACUGAGGAGAUCUUUUUUUCGUGUUGUAGUGAACUGAAAUCCUGAAAAGAAAUGGCCUCCCCCUGCCAGGUGCACUGUUAGCACCAGACGUAAUGAGAGAUGCAGGCAUGACCAACCCAGGAACAAGUGCAUGCUUCCAAGGCAUAGGAGCUCUCUGUCAAAUGUUUGACAAUCACAUAGCACAGCUAGGUAAGCUGAAGGAGACAGCCUUGAGAACUGAGCAUGAGCUAAGGUCAAAGAUCACUAGCAUGGAACAGGAGAAGAGAGAAUAUGAUGAGAAGAUCAGAAGAUUAGAGCAAGAAGUUUGUGUCUUGAAGGGAAAUGGUGUAGUGUUGGAAGGAGGAUUAAGUCAGCCACAAAGAACUGUGCCAGAUGAAGGUGAGGACUGGAAACGGAAAUAUGAGGAGAUGAGGAAGGAAUGCAAUACGCUACAGGAACUUCAUUCUAAAAGGAACCUAUGCAGCAAUUGUAAAACUGGACCAGGAAGUGAGUUACCGGUAUCUUCAGAGAAGAUCUCCACUGAGGAGGAUCUACCAGUCACCAUGGAACACAAGCUUUACUUGUCUGAUAAAGUCUCAGGAAAUAAUAUCAAACAUGUUCUGCGACAUUUAAGUGUACCUGACACUGAUGUGGAAAACAUCUAUUAUGCACACCAUGAUCCCAAGGAAUGCUGCAUACAGGGACUGAAAAAAUGGAUGGAAAACAAGGGGCAGAAAGCAACAGUUGGGGCACUUAUUAAAGGAUUGUUGAAAUGUAAUCUUCGAAAUGUUGCUGAAGAUUUUUGUGUGUCUCACAAUCUGCAUCAACUGCUCCAACAAAUUGGUCAACUUGACGAUCCAGUGCCUCCACCAGUAUCACCUUUGUCUCCAAGAAGUCCAGAAGUAGUUCACUUUGAUGCUGCUGAUGCACCUUCCAGCCCUCCAGCUUGCCCUUCUAGUGCAUCACCCCUUCAUGUCAUACUAUGGCCUCAUCUGAGACACCCGACAUGUCUAGAAGACUUAGACCAGGAGCUCAUUGAAUGUGACGAUUUUACCAGUGACCAACUACAAAAAAUCACAAGGAGAAAAAUCUUUCAGAAUGAGUCUCAGAGAGAAGAAUUCUUGAAGGCAUGCAGGGCAGGGAACGUAAUACCUGUUCUCAAUGAAUUGGUGAGAAGAUUAUCAGCAACACAGAGCAUGGACCAAUCCCCAAUUAUGAUGAUACUUGGCAAGAUGCUGUGCAAAUUGAAUAGGAAAGAUAUUCGCAAAGUUCUCAUAUCCUACCUGCACAGUGGAGCGAUAGGCCCCAGCAUGGAUAGGAAGAUAUACAUUCGUGAUCUAAACUACAGAACUCAAAGUAACAUUGGAAAAGAACUGUCCAAGUCCCAACCAAAUGAUUUGCAUGACUGGCAAGGCUUGGCAAGUGAUAUUGGGUGCUCUGAGUCAAUAGAACUCUUUGCAAAGAAGGAUCUCCCAGGUAUGGCGGUGUUACAGACAUGGCGAACACGCAAUGAAGCAACAGUAGGCAAGCUAUAUGAAUGGGCAGCCAAAGGACAGCGAUGGGACAUUGUGAGGAUCAUGGAAAAAGAUAUGUCCAAUGAUAUGGGAGCUUGAAGGCAGUAUACUGAUAGACUCUAGAUUUCUUUACUUUAGAUCUAUCUGUCAGUCUCUACUUUCUCUUUUAAAUGUGGUCUCUUCAUGUCAUUUUUUCUGAAUGUAUCUAUUCAGAUUAAUUAUUUGUACAUGUAUUUAUUAUGCACAAACAUGCUUUUAUUCUCUCACAUAUUUUUCUUGAAAUGAAUGAAAUUAAAAAUUUGAUGAUUUUUUAAAUAUAUUUCUUUCAUUUCAAUUAAAUUUGUUAAUAUCAUGAACUGAUUUUAUGAUUCAACAAGAUUAGACAUGGACUGUGUUAUUUGUAAGUCUCUGAAGUUUUAUUUGCCCUGAUGUCCCAUUUGUGAUUUGGGGAUUUUAGUUCAGUUGAAAAUUGGCUUGGUUCAAAAGUGCAAUAAUACAUUUGUGAGCAAUAUUAGAAGGUCCAAGGCUUUUAUGUUGGCAUUCCUUUGGUUUUACCCAUCUUCUGGGGCUAUAAUUGAUUUUUUUUUAAUGAAUAAACCACAAGAUUGUACAUGGAAAUAAAUUUUGCUCAUUCUUGUUUGAAGAUAGAAAGCUUAUUUUAUUGCAUAAGAACUGAGGGAGAGUAAGAUUUGCAUGAAAGUGUUGAAAAUGACAAAUUCCUAUAGGUUGAUCUUGAACCAGAUCUAUUAACCAUAUAUUGAACUUGGAAACAGUGGCUAUCAAGCAGAUGGUUACCAAGAAACAUCUGUACUGAAAAGAAUCAAAACAUAGGUCAAUGGCCUCUUUAAAACUUCUGAGUGUUCCUUAUAUUACUGGACAUCCCCCCAGUGCCAUUGUUAUCACUAAUGACAUCAUUAUAAGUUAAUGAGUAUCCUAGUCACGCAUAAAAACGGCUUUAACUUGAUAGCAUUUAUAGAAAUACUCAUGGGAAGAUGGUCUAGAAAUUCCUUUGACUGUAUUAAAUACAUAAUGACAAUUUCUAACUCAGAUACCCACCUUCCCAUACUAAACCUAUAUUAUGGGCAGUUUGGGCACCAUAGUAAAGAAAAUAAAAUAUAAUGAUAAACGAGUAAUUAGAGCUAUGUUUUCAGUUGUCUAAAUGGUAGACUGUGUUUUAUGUGGCACUUCAUUAUUGAUUUCUAACGGCUACAACGUGGUUAGAAGUAAGUAGCAAAGUUGUUUCUUCUUGCAAAGAAACAUUCUGUCUCUCCUAUUUCUGGCUUCCUUAAAAAAAAAUGCAUCACUCAAAAAUUCUUUACAAUUUUCUACACACGUCUCCACAAGACUGCUCUCAAUUAAUGCUCUGGACUCAGACACAUAAAAGAGACAAUCCUUCUCCUCUAUAGCACGGCAUGUAUGGAACAAUAUAUCCCAGUACAUACGGAUUCACCAUUGUCCCCUGCAUUUCAAUAGUCCCUGUAGGAAAGUUCUCAUUUUUAUGUUCAUAAUUACAUGUAAUUUAUAUAAAGAUACUAUAUUUGUAAUAUGUUUGUUACAUGCUAUGACUUGUAAGAGCACUAUGUAAGUGCCAAUAUUUAUUGCAUUUCUUGUCCAAGUGAAUACAUCUUUUUGUGUCAGGCCAAUGUUAUGUAUAGGUGAAGUAUAUUUACAUGUCAAGAUAUAACAUAUUUUGUGUAUUAACGCUCCAUCGAAUCUGGUGUCUUCCCCAAAGGAAACACAUACAAAGUAAGGAGGGCAAUAACACGGUUAUCAAUGUGAGUUUUAAAGUAUGAUUCAGUUAAAUGUUUGUUAUCAUAGGGAGGUCAGGCACCCUACUCCUUUGUAGUAAAUAUGAAUAUAUUUCAAAAUUGAAUGAAAUUGUGAAGUACACUUCAACAUUGGUUUGUCCAUCUUAAAAACUGAUGCUACUAAGUUCAUUUUGCAAUAGAUUUAACAUAAAUGACAUUUAAUACAUACAAAUGUAUUCAGUAUUUGUAUAUUAGUCCAACAUAUAUAAAUUAUACUGUGUAUUGUGCAUUCAAGGUGAUUUUUUUAUACCAUAUCGUCCUUAUUGUUGCAAUUUGAAUGAUAUUUGAAAGAAAAUGAGAUAAAAUCCAUUAAA